GCUGUUCCAAGAGCUGCUGGCUAUCAUUCUUGCCUGCUAAUCAGUGAGUGGUGUACAGAUGAAUGCAGUUAACUAGAUGGUUGGAUGGAUGUGGAAUCUGAGGAUCUCUGCACAAACCAAGAACUCACUCAUCCACUGAUGUGGAUCUGAUCAGGGGACAGUGUUACUCGGUGUCAUUGAUUGCCUUACUGGUCUGCACUCUUGCACUUGAUAUAGGUCAACAGUUGCGUUACGGUGAUUGACACUCUUAUUGGGACAUGUCUACUCAACACUGUGCGCUGAUAAGGAUGCCACAGGUUACUGCAAUAUGUUGAGCGGUGUGACCAGUUGUGUCUAACAUCUGUACUCUGAACAUCGUACUUGUUUUGACAGAUACUUUUGAUUGUCUUCGGUUAAUGUCCUGUCAUCGAUUAAUAUUUUCGUCCAACUUUGAUCAAAAAAUCAGUUCUGAAAGAUUUUUCAGGCCUUCUUCUAAGCCUCCUCACAAAGUAAAUUAUCCCACAGAAAUCAGACAAUUCUUUACAUUAUUUGAUCUGUAUUUUUAGACUUUCUAAAGUUAAUCUUUAACCUAUGUCUGUGCGGCAAUGUGUAUGUUUUGUCAGGCGGCUAUAGCAGGAGGGACCACGAUGAUCCUGGACUUUGUCAUCCCCCAUAAAGGCAAAUCUCUCCUUGAGGCCUAUGACUGCUGGCGUAAUACAGCUGACUCCAAAGUUUGCUGCGACUACUCGCUGCAUGUUGCUGUCACAUGGUGGAGUGACAAGGUCAAGAAAGAGAUGGAGAUUCUGGCCAAAGAAAAAGGCGUAAAUUCCUUCAAAAUGUUUAUGGCCUACAAAGAUGUGUUCAUGCUGCAGGACUCAGAGCUUUAUGCUGCCUUCUCCCAGUGUAAGGAGAUUGGAGCUGUAGCUCAGGUGCAUGCUGAGAAUGGAGAUCUGAUUGCAAAGGGGGCUGCGAAGAUUCUGGCCAUGGGCAUCACGGGGCCCGAGGGCCAUGAGCUGUGUCGGCCGGAGGAGGUGGAGGCUGAGGCCACCCAGAGAGCCAUCACCAUCGCCAACAUUGUCAACUGCCCGCUCUAUGUGGUCCAUGUCAUGAGCAAAUCUGCCGCCAAGGUGGUGUCUAAUGCACGCAGAGAUGGUCGUGUGGUGUUCGGGGAGCCCAUUGCGGCAGGGCUGGGAACAGAUGGUACCCACUACUGGCACAAAGAGUGGGCCCAUGCUGCUGGCUUUGUCAUGGGUCCUCCCCUAAGACCUGACCCCAGCACACCUGGAUACCUUAUGGACCUGCUGGCCAACGAUGAUCUCAGUGUGACGGGAACAGACAACUGCACCUUCUCUGUGUGCCAGAAGGCCCUGGGUAAAGACGACUUCACCAAGAUCCCUAACGGGGUGAACGGUGUGGAGGACAGGAUGUCUGUCAUCUGGGAGAAAGGAGUGCACAGCGGCAAAAUGGACGAGAAUCGAUUUGUAGCUGUCACCAGCAGCAACGCAGCAAAAAUCUUCAACUUCUACCCGCAGAAAGGACGCAUUGCCAAGAACUCAGAUGCUGAUUUGGUUAUAUGGGACCCAAAACUGACAAGGAAAAUAUCAGCCAAGACCCACCACCAGGCUGUGGACUACAACAUCUUCGAAGGCAUGGAGUGCCACGGUGUCCCUGUCAUCACCAUCUCCAGGGGCAAAGUGGUCUAUGAGGAAGGGCGCCUGACGGUGUCACCAGGCCAGGGCAGAUUCAUCCACAGAAAACCCUUCCCCGAGUUUGUUUACAAACGAAUCAAGCAAAGGGAGGAGGUGGGGAAACCUACAGCUGUGAUCAGAACGCCCUAUGAAGGCAAAGUCAUUUCCGUGUGAACAACUGACCUAGAACAUGAGAGGCACUUUGAGCCGCAGCUGUGUGUCUCCAGUACAAUCUAGAAGUUAUCAAAGCCAAAACAACUGAAUGCUGUCUCGCUGAUAAACCCGAUCUGAGUUGUUUCUACAUGUGGCGGUUUUAAAAUACAUACAUAAUUCCGUCAUUUAAAUCACCGUGUGCAGUAAAGGAUGGGGGUGUUGGUCUUUAAGUCAACUCUGAUCAAUACUUGGCUCAGUGUCCUGCUGGCAGAGAAUACCCUUGUUGUGUUUGCUCAACCGUGCGAGGUUUCCAGAUCAGCUCUGCUCAGUACACAGGUCAGUAGAACCCUCUCUGCUGCUGAGAAUUAUACUUGCUCCAACAUAGAUUAUGCGAUCACGUAAUUUACUGUAAGGAAAGAAAGUAGGGAUAGUAGGGAAAAUAGAGGAUCUUUCGUCAGUGCAUAUUGUGUUACAAAUAAUACAUAAUUGUGUGAAACCUGAGCCUUAAUUGCCCAUUUACCUAGUUCUUCUUUUUCUGAAUAUUAAUUUUCACCCUCUUUUUCCGAAAUGUUUGUUGCCAUUGGAACAGGACUGAUGUUCCUUGCCCAAAAGUAUCCUUCCCUUUGAUGAAAUAUUCAUUAAAAAUCCACUGACAUGAGUGAACGUAUUACGAUUUAUUUUGUUGAGCCAGAUUGACUCUGUAUUUGCAUACUCAGCAGGAUGGCGCAUUAUCAUAUGCACGCCAUCUAUGCCCAUGUGUGGACUGCGCUCAUUCCCUCCCUGGUGAAAAGGUCUGUGGCUGUCGCCGAGCAUCAUGUGGCAGCUUCCCAUUGGGCUGGCAUGCUGGCGUGGUAUUAUGCCACAGGGCCGAUUUAGACAUAAUGUGAGUUUAUCAGGUUGCCACACGGGUCAGUGGCAGCGUGUGAGUCACAGAAGGCCUACUCAUCCUUAAGCUGUACCACUUCUUCUUUUCUCUGGCAGUGGAAGGGAUGGCGCGGGCCUGGCGGUAUUGGACUACACAGUCGAGGCUGAGUAUCUCUGAUGAAAUGAUGAAGUGUGUCCUACUGGAUUUAAACCCGUCAUCUAUAGAUAAUAAUUGCAAUUCAUGGAAGUUAAUAACACGGAAGAAUACACAGGCUCUUUAAUGUAGAUUCAACUUUAGCAUUGAGAAAUUGAGAUAACGAUUCACAUUAAAUAUUGAAUCAACAUAAUUCCACCAAUAGCUGAAAGUGGGUCAAGGCAAACAUUUUUAGUGGAGUUUGAAAACCUAUCAAUUUGAACUCGAUUACGUCAUUGUCUUUUUCAAAUAUUUUAAAUAUUUCAUUUUAAAAUUUUGCUUCGCAAGUUAUUGUCUGCUCAUCAAGAGCAGUUUGGGUUUCAGUGUCCCGACCAAAAGGAAAAGUUUUGUUUUUAUUUUAAACUAACUCCGUGACUGCAUUGAUUGCCAGCAUUCAACUUGGAGAAGGGCCUACAUCGGGGGGCAUGUCACUAAUCAUGCACACAACAUCACUAACGGUCCAAAACACAUUCACUCUUGGAAACUAAUUGUAUAACUACACAAUGGAAUGGUGGUAACAGGGGAGACAUUGUAAUGUAAAACACAAUAACUCCAGUAACAAUGCAGGUACACACAUAAAAUGAGACUCUUGCCCAUGAGUCGGUUGCCCUGUGUAUGUUGGGAGGCUUCACCUACACAUCUCUGGAUGCUGCAAUAUGAUAAUUUUUUUUUUAAUCUCUCUACUAAACUGGCAACAUAAUUGAAUUUUAAUAAGAAGUAAUGCUUUGGUCAAGCUCUAAAAUUAAAAAUCCUGGACUACAAGAAUAAAUCCAUAAUUUUAGACUGUUUAGACUGAAUAGAUAUAGAUAUAUAUUCAGUGAACAAGAGCAAAGUUAUACUUUGGAGGCCAGUUGAUGGAAAACUGAUGUGGGGGAAUUGAGGUUAAGGUCAAGGUUAAAAAAAAUAGUACCACAGGGACUGUAAGUUGUAAAUAAGGGCUUUAUUAAUGGUUAAUUACUUUUUUAAAAUUAAUUUCUAUUUUCUGUUUCUAAUAUUGCUAACUGUAGAUCAGUUAUACACUAAUAAUGAGAGCAGUGGUUGGGUUGUCAGAUUAAAUCCCUUUUUAUGAUGUACAUCUGUUUGGUAAUAAUGCAGUUUUAAAUAUUCAUAAUGCAAGAAUAAAAUACUUUUUAAUAAAUGAUCAAGUCUGAAGCUAUAAAUUUUAAUAACUCAUCAAUAAAUUGCUUAUCAACAUUUCCCUUUUUUUCCUUUUUUAAAUAUUAACAUCCACCUCGGAGGACAGUAACACCUGCAAGAUGUUAAUGAACAGUGACGGUAUGUAAAAUGGAACAAGGACAGUGCUGUUCACUGUACAUGUAGGGGACAUCUGUCUUUGAUUAUGUAAGCAAACAUUGCUGUUCUACACGCUGCAGGGGAACAUUAGACAUAGGGGUAAAAUACAAAAGCCUGCCUCUGUAUUUUAGGUUAUUAGAAGCUGUUUGGAGCUCUGUCUCACAUAAAUACAGUAAAGUGAUUAUCAAUAAUAGGAUUCACUGAAUCCAUGAUUGCAAACUUAAAUUUGAGGAUCAAUUUAAAAAAAAUAAAAGCCUACAACAUUUACAGUAUUUAAUAGAUUGUUAAUAUAUUUUGUUGGCAGUAAUGUGAUAUCUAAUCUAAAUGUAUACUGUGUAUCCUGUUAUCUUGUGGAUUAUGCUCACAGUUUGGGGUAGAUCAUCAUAGAAUAUUGUCAUCUGCCUUGUUAUAUAAUGAACAUGAUGUAAUAUGUAUGUAAGGUCUUUGUAAAUUAAGAUGAAAUGUCUGGUUGCUGACUGCUCAUUGAAGCUUAACUCAAUUCGAUGAUUUAGGGUUUGUAAUUGGUUGGCUGCUAUCAACAUGAAAGUGUUCCCCUUAUAAACUAUUCUCCAUUGUUACCAUUAUUGUCAAUUGGAAAACUGACCUUUUAUGUAACGUGAUAUAACUUGAUGGAAAACUGUAGUAUACUGAAUUACAAUGAUGCAGUACAGGUAGAGGAUGAUAUAAACGUAAUGGGACACAGUGUUUGAGUAGCAUGUAUUUAUUGUUAAAAGUAUUUACUGCAGUAUGGAAGAGUAAGAAGCAGGAAAAAAAUUCACAGCAGAACAAGACUAAAAGUCUACAGCCAAGCUAUAAAGUUUAUCAUGUUCACAAUCUUUGUUUAGCGUGCUGAGACAUUGCAUCCGUAGCUAGCUCGGGCAUAGGCUCCAUGAGUGGCCAGCCAAAAUGGUGUUCAUCGAAGACGUUCCUAUUCAUUUUUUUGUUGUUUGUGUUUGGUCUAAAAAGGAAACAAAUCUGUUUCACUUUCAACAAAGGCCAAGAGGGCAAACAGGUGCAGGCUGUCUUAGUCCAAACGUUGUUCAUCAAAGUCAACAACUGUCCCUCUGCUCCUUACGAGCACUUAACACAAAUGGGCCUAUGAGUUCAUUGAUAAGCCCCGCCCACUCGAUGUCAGCCACAACAUUAAUUAUUAAUUAACAUUUUACAUUGUCUGCACCGGUCAGUGAUUUUCAAUCAUUCUGGAGUGUGUAUGUGCAUAAUUUUUCAACCCCCACACCAGUAAUAAUCACAGCUGCAAUACCCUGUCGUUUUUCAGUUGCUGGUCCUCCUGUAAUUUAUAUCUCACCCAGAGCGAUGUCCUUGUAUUUUGAAGAGGAUCUCUGGGGUUUUUUCACCAGAAAACUCUGUUUGCCCUUUGACUUUAUAUUUUCUUAAAUCAGCUUUUUGAAGUUUGACUUUUUGUGUGAAAAUGGAGGAAGUCAUAAAAGUUUUUGUAUAUCUGGAAACAAUUUAAUAAUACAUAGGUCUAUUCUGGAACCAAUACCAUGACUGAAAAAAAUUAAAGCCAUCAGGAGAGCAAGAACUCAUCCGGUGGGCUGUUAUGUCAGCUACAGGUAGGUACUGGUUGUCUCUUUUUGGUUUGUCCAGCAGGAUGUCCAUGUCUAUUACCAACUACAUCCUGUAAUUUCAGAAUGGUUAAAACACCAUCCUAAACAAUGACUUAAAUUACUAAAGAGCACAGUGAACAUUUUAUUCCAUACUUCUGCCUGUGAUGUUAAUCCCGUCCAAACGGGGAUUAAUAUUAUAAGGCAACAACU